AUGAAUAUAUUUGAUUACUGGGCAAGCUUUUUAGCAAAAUGUGAUAAUGAAGAUAAGGAGCUAAUCCUCAUAGGAGAUCUAAAUUGUGAUGUCAGUAAAACUAUACUUGACCCUCACACAUGUAAGUUGCAAUUUUUAUGUUCUCUGUAUCAGAUAGACCAACUUAUUAAAGAAUCUACAAGGCUAACUCCUAAAUCAGCUACACUAAUUGAUUUAAUAUUAAAAAAUAGACCAGAAAAUAUUUCCAGAUCAGGUGUCAUUCACCUGGGAAUUUCAGAUCACAGCCUUGUCUACGCUGUGAGAAAAUUUACACUACCGAAAGGAAGGCAAAAAAUUCGUCAGGUUCGUAACUUUAAAAACUUUGUCGAAAAUGAUUUCAUUCGGGAUGUGUCUCAAUUGCCUUGGGAGAUGGUCUAUCAGGUUGGAGAUCCCAAUUUAUGUUGGCAAGUCUGGAAAUCACUAUUAUUAGAUGCACUUAAUAGACAUGCCCCUCUGCGCCACAAGCGAAUAAGGAAUAACCCUGUCCCAUGGAUUAAUCCUCAAAUUAAAGAACUUAUGAGAAAAAGGGACUAUCACAAAAAAAAGGCCAUAAAAUAUGAUCCGGAGUCACAGUGGGAAUUGUAUAAAACACUACGUAAUGAAGUAAAUAUAAACAUGCGGAAAGCAAAAUCUAAGUACUUUUGUGAUAAAAUCCAGGCAAGCUCUCAAAUGGGAGACAGUAAAAGCGGAUGGGCUCGGAUAAAUUCGCUCUUAGGAAGAAAGCAUAAGAAUGCAAAUAUUAAUGAACUGAAAGUAAAUGAUGAUAUUAUUUCUGAUGAUAAAUCUAUUACUGAAACAUUAAAUGAAUAUUUUAUAAAUAUUGGAAUGAAGAUGGCUGCUGAAUCAGCAUGUCAAAGCACUGAUGCUUUAAAUGAUCAAGUAAUUUAUGAAAGUACUGUGCUUCUUCCUAAAGAAAAUUUUCACUUCGCAGAUAUUACUAUAGAUAGUGUUUCCAAACGCCUACAAAACCUAAAUGUCUCAAAAGCGACAGGUAUGGAUGGAAUACCUGCGAAUAUUUUAAAACUGACAUCAACCCUUAUUGCUCCAUCUAUAACUUUUUUAUUUAACCUAUCGAUUAGAACUGGUAUUUAUAUAGAUGAGUGGAAAUUGGCUAGAGUUAUACCAAUUUACAAAUCUGAGGAUAAGCGUAAAUGCGAAAAUUAUAGACCAAUUUCAAUUCUUCCCAUAAUAAGUAAAAUAUUUGAAGGGGAAGUUUUUACUCAAAUAGAAAACUUUUUGAAUAAACAUGCGCUUCUGUCUAAAUUUCAAUCCGGGUUUAGACCAAAACAUGGAACCUUAGGUGCUCUUAUACAAAUGUGUGAUCAAUGGCUACAAGACAUGGAUGAAGGCAAAAUAAAUGGAGUUGUUUUUCUUGAUAUAUGUAAAGUAUUUGACUCGGUGAAUCACGAGAUAUUAUUGGAGAAGCUUAAAACCCAGUUUGGAAUUCACGACAUUGAAUUAAAAUGGUUCCAAUCAUACUUAAGGAAUAGAAAGCAAGUGUGUUCUGUUAAUGAUCAAACUUCUUCUGCAAGAACAAUAAUAUGCGGAAUUCCGCAAGGAUCCAUACUUGGUCCAUUAUUGUUUUUGCUAUAUAUUAAUGAUAUGCCUGAUAUUUUAGAAAGGACAACCCCAACCCCGUCUUUAUGCCGACGACACUCAGAUAUCUUCCUCUUCGCAUGA